CAGCUGGAUCGGGCGCCGAGAGAGGAACUGCUGCCCUAUGGAAUACAGAUGCCUGAAUGCAGAUAGCUAACGCUUGCGUGGAGGAAUCUAACAUGCUCUCCUGUAAAGAGAAAUUUUAAAAGCCAGGUUCCUAACUAGAAAGAUGCAAAAACGUAAUAUCCAUGAAGAUCCUAUCACCUAGGAAGACUUUGACAUUUUGCUGCGAAUGCCGUGUUGGGAUUGAUUUAUUUUUGGAAUGUUCUGCAUGGCUGGCAAAGAAUAAUGUUCCAAAAUCGGUCCAUCUCCCAAGGGGUCCAAUUUUUCUUCCUGGGUGUCAGCGAGCCCUGACUCACUACAGUGCAGCUGACAGGGGCUGCCAUGCUUGUGGCACACUAAGCAAAAAACAAAGACCUAAGGACGACCUUUGAACAACACAAAGGAUGGGUUUCAAUGUAAUUAGGCUACUGAGCGGAUCAGCUGUAGCUCUGGUAAUAGCCCCUACUGUAUUACUGACAAUGCUUGCUUCUGCUGAACGAGGAUGCCCUAAGGGCUGUAGGUGUGAAGGCAAAAUGGUAUAUUGUGAAUCUCAGAAAUUGCAGGAGAUUCCCUCGAGUAUAUCUGCCGGUUGUUUAGGUUUGUCCCUUCGAUAUAACAGCCUCCAAAAACUAAAAUACAAUCAAUUUAAAGGUCUUAAUCAACUCACCUGGCUCUAUUUAGACCAUAACCACAUCAGCAAUAUUGACGAAAAUGCUUUCAAUGGAAUACGCAGACUAAAAGAGUUGAUCUUGAGUUCCAACAGGAUCUCCUAUUUUCUUAAUAAUACCUUCAGACCUGUGACAAAUCUCCGGAACUUGGAUCUCUCAUACAAUCAGCUGCAGUCUCUGGGAUCUGAGCAGUUCAGGGGCUUAAGGAAGCUGCUGAGUUUACAUUUGCGAUCCAAUUCCCUAAGAAAUAUCCCUGUUCGAAUAUUUCAAGACUGCAGGAACCUUGAACUGUUGGACCUGGGUUAUAAUCGGAUACGGAGUUUAGCAAGGAAUGUCUUUGCAGGCAUGAUCAGACUGAAAGAGCUUCAUCUGGAGCACAAUCAAUUUUCUAAGCUCAACCUGGCACUUUUUCCACGGCUAGUCAGCCUUCAAAACCUUUAUUUACAGUGGAAUAAAAUCAGCGUGAUAGGACAAACUAUGUCCUGGACCUGGAGCUCAUUACAAAGACUUGAUUUAUCUGGCAAUGAAAUCGAGGCUUUCAGCGGCCCCAGCGUUUUUCAGUGCGUGCCCAAUUUACAGCGCCUCAACCUGGACUCAAACAAGCUCACAUUUAUUGGUCAGGAGAUUUUGGAUUCCUGGAUAUCCCUCAAUGACAUCAGCCUUGCCGGGAAUAUAUGGGAAUGCAGCAGAAACAUUUGCUCCCUGGUAAACUGGCUUAAAAGUUUCAAAGGGCUGCGGGAAAAUACAAUCAUUUGUGCCAGCCCCAAAGAGCUGCAAGGGGUCAACGUGGUCGACGCGGUGAAAAACUACAGCAUCUGUGGCAAGAGCACCACAGAACGCUUCGAGCUAGCACGGGCUCUCCCCAAGCCAACGCUCAACCCCAAACCUGCCAGGCCUAAACACGACAGCAAGCCCCCCGAGCCGCCCACCGCUGGGGCCACCGAGGCGAGCGCGGAGGCCGAGCCCGACGCGGAGCACAUCUCCUUCCACAAGAUCAUAGCGGGCAGCGUGGCCCUCUUCCUCUCCGUGCUCGUGAUCCUGCUCGUCAUCUACGUGUCCUGGAAGCGCUACCCAGCCAGCAUGAAGCAGCUGCAGCAGCGCUCCCUCGUGCGCAGGCACAGGAAGAAGAAGAGGCAGUCGCUGAAGCAGAUGACGCCGAGCACACAGGAGUUCUAUGUAGAUUACAAGCCCACCAACACGGAAACCAGCGAGAUGCUGCUCAACGGAACGGGACCCUGCACGUACAACAAGUCAGGCUCCAGGGAAUGCGAGGUAUGAACCAUUGUGAUAAAAGAGCUUUUAAACGCUGCAAAAUAGUGGUGCUUUACUGAACUCUAGGGACUAAAAAGGGAACAUUUUUCUCACUUCUCUGGCACAGCUCUUCCAUGUCACUUUUUUUGUACAAUCAUAAUGCUGGUCAUUUUACUCUCAUACAUAAUCAACUCAUUGAGAUUUGAAUACCGCAAUCAAUGUGAAGCCUGAGCUCUGCUUUAAUACAAUAUCUAUUGUACAAACCCUCUACUGAUCAUUAAAGUCUCACUUGUUUUUAAAUAGAAAAC